GAAUUUUCACUUGUGAAGAUCAAUAAAAAUAAAAUAAUAAACAAAAUGAAGAAAUACUCAAUCCUCGGUAAUAAGAAGAAGGUGACCAUGGAACUGAAUCCUACGCAACUGAAGAUAGUUGGGAACAACUGUAUCAUCAGGGUUUCUGUCAACCACGGUGAUAUUGAAGUUGUGGGGAACGACUGUCGUGUCGAAGUGACUGACAACCAUGGAGUGAUUAACAUAGUGGGGAAUAACGGCAUGGUGAUUAUCAGCAAGCGGUGGAAAGGCGACAGGGUGCAACUCCUCGGAGCUGGCUGCCAUCUCGUGGUAGCAGGAAAGGAGAAAAGCACAGGAGGAUACGAAGCCCAGCUUUCUCCCUUCAGCAAAGACCUGGAUGACGUCAUCGAGUCGAUCUUCACAUUCGUGAUGCGGUGAUGAAGUGUAGUGAACCCUGGACUUAAGUGCUGUGAAUAGCUUCUUGUGUCAGUUCGCCUUCUGAUAAUCAGAAGAAACGCUCGUCGUAGAAUCGGAGGUAAUCGCUCUCUGCCGUAAAUGAGAAGAUUUUUCUUGUGUGUUGUAAUAAAUGCUUUGAUUUAUACCUGAA